AUGCCUGCCAGAGUUUUUGUACGGGAUGGUGGAGAGAAGCAAGGAUUCUAUUUACAGUUAGCUGCCACAGCCCGUGGUCAGCUCACUUUCACCACGCCUUCUUCAAAGAGACGCAAGGUUGCAGAGUGCAAAGUUGGAGCCCGUGGCCGCCCUGCCCGUUCUUUGCCCCAAACGAACAAUUUUUCCAGCCCUCGUUCCUCCUCCAGGCUACGGCGGCGUACCAGUAGCAGCCAUCUUAGCGGAUCUGCCUCUGCCUUGCCUACAACAGCAACCAUAGCAACCACAACGCCCAUAGCAUCAUCACCAACGUCACCAUCAACGUCGAUAUCGGCAUUGACAUCGACACCGUUCCCUACGAGUCUCAUUUCCUCAACUGACGCAAGCAACGCCUCUACCACGCUCCCUUCCAACACAACUGCUUCGUCUGGUCCAGCAUAUAUCCCUGCCCACAUACAACGCGAACUCCGUCGGAAAAAACAUUGCACGAGGACUCCGAAAAAAAUUCGAUCUGCCACCCCAGGCUCUCCAGAUACAGCUGCCAGCUCUCCCAGUGCUGCCUACGCCGAACUCAGCUUGAAUACAGAGCCCUCUGCUGCUGCUUCUGCUCCUGCUGCUGCUGCUGUCAUGGCUGCAUCUGAAGACAUGUCGGGCUCGUCUCCUCAUCCUCAUGGAGCGGAUGAUGUCUCUGAGAAUGGUCGACAAGAAUUGCAGUCUGCCCCCGCCGUAAAGCGGCCUGCUGCUGAAAUGGGUGAGGACGACCGCCAACCUCAAGAUGUCGAAAUGGGGGCCGCUCCGUCUGGUGGCAAUGAGGAGAAGGAAGUCUUGUCAUCCUACAACCCUGUUCCUAAGAGCAAGAAGCAGACGGAUCGACCAACGAGGCAUCGUAGAGCUGUAUCUGUGGAUAUGGAAGGACAGGAUGAUGAUUCCAUGGAGGUAAAACAUGAGAACCCAAAGUCUGCUUCUUCCGAAGACACAGUUAGCUCGUCUUCGGAUAGCGUCUAUCCCACACCAUCCAGCAUGUCGACAUAUACCUCAUCCACACGCGAAGAUUACAAACCAUCCCAUACUCAGCCUCGUGCCAGUCAUGACAUGCCGUCAAUCGACGACCAGGUCGCCAUUGUAACCAAACUGCUGCUGCAACCGCUGAAGGAGAACCAGAAGGGAUAUGUGGUUUCUGCGAACUGGCUAGGCCGUGUCCUUUCGAGGAGUUCCAAAGGAGGCUUACCACGGGAGAAAAUCGAUAAAACUGCUUCAGAAGGAGAAAUUGGUCCUGUCGACAACUCAGAUCUUGUUUUGGUUACGGAUCCUUCCCUCUCAUACAAAGAUGAGGCUGGCGAGCUAUUCGUUCCCUUACGACCUGGCUUGCAGAUCGGAGAGGACUUCGAAGUGCUACCAGAAGACGCCUGGGAAAUGAUCAUGAAAUGGUACGGCCUCUCAAGAGACUCUCCUGCCAUUGUUCGAUUCGCUCAUGACACCGCCACGGGAACUACGGAAAAUGUCCAGUAUGAGCUUAACCCUCCAAUUUUUACCAUUUUGAAAUUACCAAACCCUUCCCAAUCCCAGGCUCAGAUCGCCCAGGACAAAGCUCGUGCUCCUGUAAAAACUCUGGCUAGCAGACACACACCGUUUCAGCAGUGGUUACGGAACGUGAAAAGCUUGGCAUCUAUCGAAAUGUCUACAAAAGUCCGUGUCUGGAGAAUUCUCGAAGGGCUGAACAGCACCGCAACGUCUGGUAUCAUCACCCCUGCGGCAUCCAGAAGCACCUCCCCUGCCCCUGGCGCCACAUUGACCGCCAACGCUGGCAACAGCCUUGUGCUGGACGUGAACAAAUUCGUUGCUCUUGUCGAAGGCUCUCAGCGUGAACUACUUGAAAUGAAGGACCAAACAGCCAAUCUAAAAUAUAACGGCAGCCUUACAUUGCACCUUGCCGGCCUGGGAGGCGACGAUGUCAUUGUGCUAGAAGAACAAGUUGGUGGUCCUGGUGGCGGAGAGUGGGUUGCUGAUUGCGCUGGCAAAAACGCAAAUCAUCUUUCUGUUACUGCAAUCAAGGCCGGCUCCCAAAACAAGGCUAAGGCCAAAGCUCCCGCUACCAGCGGUCGAGCCUCAUCACCUGCUGUUGGGCCCGUUACUAGGGGACGGCAGCGUAAAGACGGCCGCUCUCGUGGCGUCACUGGCUUGAGCAAUCUUGGAAAUAGUUGCUAUAUGAACUCCGCUUUACAGUGUGUUCGGAGUGUAGAAGAAUUGACUCAAUAUUUCCUCCAGGAUGAAUACAGGAAGGACCUUAAUCCAGGCAAUCCACUUUCUCAUGAUGGGAAUGUUGCUAAGGCUUAUGCAAAUCUGUUGCAUCAACUGUUUGAUGAAAAUGGAACCUCCUCUUUUGCUCCCCGUCAAUUUAAGCAAACGAUCGGAAGAUAUGGUCCUUCGUUCUCUGGAUAUGGCCAGCAAGAUUCUCAGGAGUUUGUGCUUUUCCUUCUGGACGGGUUGCAGGAGGAUUUGAAUAGGAUUCAAAAGAAGCCGUAUAUCGAAAAACCAGAUUCUACUGAUGAUAUGGUUAACGACAAUGCUGCACUGCAACAAUUUGCUAGCAAAUGCUGGGAUAUCUACAAGGCACGGAAUGACUCGGUAAUUACUGACCUUUUCGCAGGAAUGUACAAGUCCACUGUGGUCUGUCCCGUUUGUGAUAAAGUUAGCAUAAUUUUCGAUCCAUUUAGCAAUCUCACCUUGCAACUCCCGAUUGAAAACCUUUGGAGCAAAGAAUUGUUUUUCUUCCCUCUUUAUUCCCGCCCCGUUCGAUUGGAUGUUGACAUCGACAAAAACUCCAGUGUCAAGGCUUUGAAAGAAUAUGUGGGGGAAAAAGUUAACGUCGAUACCAGCAGACUUGUUAUGGCUGAGAUCUACAAACAAAAGUUCUAUAAAAUGUUUGAUAAUACAUCAAGCAUUGCCGAUUGUCAGAUUAGUGCAUCGGAUGAUAUCGGUAUUUUCGAAGUUGAAUCCGUACCAACUAGUUACGACCCAGAUAAACCCCCCAAACGAUCUUCCUACUCCAGCCUUGUCUUCACCAGUAGCUCCGCUGACCAAGAUAUUCCACCUUUUGACUCCCCAAAAUGCGAUAGGAUGCUCAUCCCCGUUUUCCACCGUACCAUCAAAUCGCAAGGCGCUAGGAUUUCACGGCAACUAUUCGGUGCUCCUUCAUAUAUUGUGGUUAACCGCGAAGAGGCAUAUGAUUAUGAUAGCAUACUGCGUAAAGUUCUGCGAAACUCGGCAAAUCUAACAAGUCGAGAUUUCCUCCGUGAAGAUGAUGGAGAUGCUGUCAUGAGCUCUAGUCCAGCUGAGGAUUCCGAUACUGUCGUUACCAAUGACGAUGACUUUGACUCCUCCGAUCCCAAGAUAAAGGUGUCUUCCGUUGACGGGGAGGACGGUCUAGUUGAUGUAUCGAUGCGGGAUGCUUCCGAUCCAUCAAGUCAAAUUAAAUCGAAACCCAGAAAUAAUCCUGUUACUAUUCCGAAAGUUCUUCGGCCAGGUAGCUUCAUCCCGCCUAAUCUUCGCAAAUUAUUCGAGAUAAAAAUCAUGCGAUCUACCGAUGCUGUUCCCACCGGAUUUUCCUCCGUUGACGAAAUCAAAGACUUCACUUCGAUGGCCUCCAGACUGCCCAGGAAGCAGAGCAAACGUGUCCAUGCAAAGAAGAAGUUUGCCAGCCGUGGAAACAGCCCUAUUAGUAGCGAGGACGAACUCAGUGGUCCUGCUCGCCGCGUUAAUAGCGCUCGCUCGAAAGAUGGUCAUGAUUCAGACGACUCUGGCUCUCAGGAGACCAAGGACGAUAGCGGCACAGAGAGUGGCACAGACUCUUACCCACACAAUGCGACUCUCCUACACAAGUUUGGACGUGAGAAGCCCAAGACAUCGGCAGUCCGUAACGGACCACAGAGACCCAUUCCCCUGAUACGUGCCGGAGAGGGUAUUAUUCUGGAGUGGAAUGAACACGCAUUCGACGCUCUCUUCGCAGGUGAUCCGCGUGAAGAGGACUCCCUGCGAGGAUCCCCAACAUGGAUGAAUAUCGAUUGCGUUCCCGACCCGGAACUAGCUGAGAAACGUCAAUUGCGUCAAUCCCGGAAAAAGCGCGGGGUUAGUCUGGAUGAGUGUUUGGAUGAAUUCGGCAAGGAGGAGAUUCUCUCCGAGAAUGACGCCUGGUACUGUCCCCGUUGCAAAGAGCACCGUCGCGCGUCGAAGAAAUUUGAGCUGUGGAAGUGUCCAGAUAUAUUGGUGAUGCAUCUGAAACGCUUUAGCGCCAAUAGAGGGUUCCGGGAUAAGAUUGACGCACUAGUUGAUUUCCCGCAUGAGUUGGAUAUGACUGGCCGGGUGCAAAUGCCUGAGGAGGGCAAGAGCUUGCAGUAUGAGUUGAUCGCUGUCGAUAAUCAUUACGGCGGCCUUGGUGGUGGGCAUUAUACUGCGUUCGCCAAGAACUUUUUUGAUGGGUGUUGGUAUGAAUACAAUGACUCCCACGUUUCGAAGAAAACAAACCCUUCUGCAGUGGUUACCUCUGCCGCAUACCUUCUAUUCUAUCGCCGUCGUUCUGACGUCCCUUUAGGCGGAGAAUAUCUCGCCAAUGUCACCAGAAUGGCGAACAACCAAGACCAAGCCGACUCUGAUUCACAGACCGACUCCCGACAGCCCUCCCCUUCGGGGGAAGGCCAGCGCCUCGGUGGCUCCUCCCGCAGUGGGUCGUCGAGCGCUUUAACCGGAGCCGCAGCAAUUCACCAAGCGGGAGAUGGUGGUUUGCGGGGCGGAAUCCAAGCGAGGGAUGAUGACGACCUCCCAGAGUACUUCGAGCAUGGCCUAGAUGGCACCAGCCGGAACCAUCUAGAAGACAUGGAUCUGGAAGAUGAAGGGUUCGACGCAAGCUUUGGCCCAGAGCUGAAUUUCUCCAACCACCCAAUCUGGUCAUUUGACCGUGCAGAGGUCCCGUAUGGACCGUCAGGUCUCGUUUCCGCGCCCGCCAACUCCUUCUACGACGGCGACGGUGAUGAGGAUCUAGAUGACGAUGCUAGCAACAAGGCCGUCGGCGGUGGCGACAUGAGCGAUUCGGAAUCACGGCUAGCGAUGCUGAAUGACUCCGAUGAGCCGGGGAUGGUCUUUGACGAUCUAGAUCCGACUACGGUACAGAAUAUUACGCAUUAG